UGGAAAGUUGAUGACGAUUGCUUCCAUGGUCUAUUUCUUUAAGCUUGAACAAUAGGAUUUGGAAACUUCUUACCUGGUGUGAAAAGCCUCAAUAAGUUUCUCCUUGAACGGCUUCCUUCCGCUUGUCUUCUUUCUCUUUUUUUUUAUUCCCGCCCUUGUCCCUUCUUCUUCCGAGUAGCUGUAUUUCCAUUCAAGGCACUGACUGUGCCAUUGCUUGUUUUCCACAAUGUACUCUCCAAAUCAACAACAACAAUUCUUUGAUCAAGAGCAAUCCCUCAAUGGCUUGUCAGCCCAUACCAGCGUUAAUGCCAUGCCCAUGCAAAGCUACUCUUCCAGUCAUCCUACUCUUCCUGCCGCUAUAGCCCGUCGCCGCCAAAGCAGUUUCAGCUCCGUCAUGAGCCCACCGCUCUCUGCCGGCCCUUCCUCAUCCUCAUUCGAUCCUGCGAACUCACAAGCCUGGUUUGGUACCAGCUUGGACUCUACUGGUUCUUCAUUCAGUCAAAAUAUGUUCGGGGGCAGAGACAUCAUCGUCUCUCCUUCCACUUCCACUCCGAUGGACGGUUUUGGGACCGCUGAUGAUGAUGAGGCAGCUCAGAGAAACUUACAACAAAUGUUUGAAAAACGCCGACGAAGACGCGAAUCUCACAAUGCAGUGGAAAGACGGAGGAGAGAUAAUAUUAAUGAUAAAAUACAAGAAUUGUCACUGUUACUACCUGAGCACCUAUUAGACAAUCCACCCCCCGGUUCAACCAAUGUGGUAACAACACCUGGUGCAGCAAGUGGCUCAGUACAGAAGGCCAUCAAUAAGGGAACGAUCUUGAAGAUGUCAGUCGAUCAUAUCAGAAACUUAAGAAGUGAUGCUGCCAGAUACCAAGCUAGAAUCAAAGAAUUGGAAACAAUGCUUGAAGCUGCCAAGAGCGGAGAAUAUGUAGAUUUUGAUACUUUACAACUAGGUCGUUCUGUACAAGCUCCCACCAACGAUAUGAAUGUAUUCCCACCGCAGUACCAACAACACCCAUCUUAUGGUGCUUCAGCACCUGUUCCGCUACGUAGUCAACAACAGUCGCUUAACUUAAAUGAAUCCAACCGUCGUCCACAACCCCAUCAGCGUACAGGCUCAUUGCAGUUUCAACAACAAUUUGGAAAUUUACAUAUCGACGCUAAUCCUCGAGGUGCAGACGUCUAGAUAGGCUUUUAGCAAAGUAUAUCUUUACCCCAAGUAUAUCAAUCUUUCAUAUCUUUUAAGCUCUCUUUAUUUUCUCGUUUGUUCCGUUCAUUCCACUAUCACGUUUUCUUUGCUUUGUAAUGAGAUAUUUAUGCCUUUUCAUCAACU